CAGUGAUUCGCAUUCCAACAGGAUAGUCAUGGGUUACGCGCGCUAAAGACAAACAUAUCUGAAGCAUUUGCAUUGACCUAUGCUGUUUCGCACAACGACCAUAUUCUAAAGUGUUUAUCUCUGUGACAACCGACAACCAGUUGAUAAAAAUAAAGAAUCUCACUUAUCAACAUUGAUUACAGCGCCCUAAGUGAGGAUACAAUUAGAACAAUCAGCGAAGGUGCAAAUAGUUGCAAUUCGAGCGCGCUUGUGUAUUGUUUGUCGAAGCAAUAAGCAGUUAGUAGUAUGAACUGGUUUGAUUAUAUCGUGUUAAUAUGUUCAGUUGUUUCUUGUUUGGUUUCCGAACUGGGAGCUCAAAACGAGAGAUAUUAUCGUUUACCGAACAACACUAGUCCAAUAGGAUACGAUUUAACUCUUACGGUAGAUUUAGAUCGUCUGAUAUUUUCCGGCAAGGUCAAUAUUUCAUUAGUGGCAGCAACACAAUCAAAAGUGAUAGCAUUGAACGUGCGAGAACUGGAUAUUUCCAAAGUUUCGUUGAAUGACUCAAAUGGUCAAAGCAUUGGAGUUCCUACAUGGGUGAUGCAGAAUGAUUCCGAAAUAGCAAGAUUCAACUUAGACUCUUAUCUAGACAUUGGACGCACUUAUCAGAUGGUGAUCGAAUUUGCCGGUAACAUCACAGACGACUUGAAAGGACUUUACAAGAGUUCGUUCUAUCGCGGUACAGAAGAAAGAUUCAUAGCAACUACGUUCAAUGCGGCGGCAUAUGCCAGGAAGAUUUUUCCUUGUUACGACGAACCACAUCUGAAGGCAAAAUUCAAGUUUCGAAUAAAUCAUGCAUCAAACUUUCAAGCACUAUCGAAUAUGCCGGUUGAGAAAAUUGAACCUACCAAUUUUGAAAACGUAAGCUUGACGACAUUUGAGACGUCACCAUUGAUGUCAAGCUAUUUGUUUGCCUUUGUCGUGUCGGAUUUUAGUGCACUUCGCGUAGACCAAACUUUUGCAGUUCACGCACAGCCCAGCGUUAUUGAUUCCAUGAGGUAUGCACUAGAUUUUACGAAACAGGCAAUCGCACACCUUGCCGGUUACUUCAAGCGGCCAUAUCAGCUGUCGAAGCUCGAUAUAGUGGCUAUCGACGACUUUCUGAUGGGUGCUAUGGAAAACUGGGGGCUCAUCACCUACAAAACCUCCAGAAUUGUUUACCGGAAUGAGCUGGACAAGACGGAAAAAAAGCAAUCGGUCACGAAGAUCGUAUUUCAUGAAUUGAUCCACCAAUGGUUUGGCAAUGAGGCAACAUGCGCUUGGUGGUCAUACGUUUGGCUGAACGAGGGGUUUACCGUUUUUCUCGAAAGCUAUAUCCUGGACCAAAUACAUCCUGAGUGGAGAUUGAUGGAUCAAUUUUUAGUGAACGAAAUGCACCCGGCAAUGGAACGGGACGUCAUGCCUGUGACUCGAGCUAUGACUAAAGUAGUGUUUACUCCAGAGCAGAUAGGAGGAAUCUACGAUUUCGUAGUGUAUCCGAAAGCAGCGUCCGUUAUUCGGAUGAUUCAUGCGGUUGUUGGAUCAACGGUAUUUGAUGAAUUUGUAGUACAAUAUUUAGAGGAUCGUAGUUACAAACAUUCCACGGAAGAUGAUAUGAUCCGUGUACUUCAGAAUGUUGUGACUAAGCACCGUCUACAAUUACCGUCUAUGGAGGAAUUUGUCAAAAGUUGGACAAACAAUCCUUCCUAUCCUGUGGUUACAAUAAUUCGAAAUGACACAAACUCCGCAAUAGUCAGCGCUAAUCCUCUGAACACAUUCUACAUACCAUUGCCAUGGAUUUCGAAGCACGGAAAAUCUGGUUUCGAAUGGUUUCAAACUUCGGAUGAUAGCAAACGAAUUAUUUUGGACGAAACUGUUCCCAACGAAUGGAUUUUGUUUAAUCCACAUCAGAACGGCUACUAUCGUGUUAAUUAUGACCGAGACAAUUGGAAAAUGUUGAUAGAGGAAUUGAACCAGAAUCACAAAAAUAUACCAGUACUUAGUCGAGCUCAACUGAUUGACGAUGCGUUGUAUCAGGCUAGAGAUGAUCGUUUAGAUAUUGAAAUACUUCUAGGUGUACUGACUUAUCUACCACAAGAAACUGACUUAAUUCCUCUGAAAGCAGGCUUUAAGGCGUUCAAGCUGCUUAAUCGUCUGUUUCGUGGUAACGAAUUCCACGAAGCGUAUUUCGUCUUCCAAGGAAGAAUAUUGGAACAAAUCUACGACAGAAUGUUGAUGAAUAGCAUGGAUGAUCAUAUGUCGAAAUUGUAUCGUGCCCAAGUUAGAGAGGUUUCGUGUGAGAUGGGAGUGACGCAGUGCUUGUUAGAUGCAAUUGGAAUGUAUGAUGGGUUCGAACUUUUAGAUCCUGAUCUGCGUGCUUCUGUUAUUUGUGGUUCUAUAAAAGGAAGUGAAAAUUAUACCAUUUGGGCAAUGACACUAAAACGCCUGAUUUACAUCGUCAGAAAUUUCGAACAGAAGAGGAUAAACAUCGAAGAGUUUGAAGAUAUUUUGUACGGAUUUGGGUGCUCGAUUAGUCGGGAAAGGCUGGAAAGUUUCUUGUUACUUUCUCUUUCCACUACCGAAACGCUUGAGCGGCAAGACCGUGUUAGGAUGUUCAACUAUAUUGCUAGAAGUGGAGAAAACGGAACCGAAGAAGCUUUGGUUAGACUAGUCAACGAUUUUAAUACCCUCAAGAGAAGCUAUGGAUCUUUAACAGAAAUAGUCAGUAAUUUGCGAUACUCGAUUAGCACACAGAAGCAGUUGCAAAUGUUUUCCAAAUUCAUGCGCAACCACACGGACACAGAUUUGUUUAGCAUUCAAAAUGAAGUCUACGAAGUCUCAAAAAGUAACAUUCGAUGGGCUUCGGAGAAGCUACCUUUAAUAUCAAAAUGGCUUGUUGAUACCAAUUCUGCGGAAAAAUCUUCUGGCAUUACAAUUAAUAUGAUAAUGUUCAUCAUUAUAGGAAUUUUACACAUUUUUGUGAGAAAAACCUACAUAAACUGA